GACUCAUUCAAAAUGGCGGACGAGAUCUGACAGUGCGAAGUUCUUAGCAAAGAAGACGACAUACAUUUACCAUUAUGGCUAGUCCUUGGUCUAAGGGAAGUCCUUUUACUCCGCGCCACUCCCUAAAUUAUUCAUUUCUUGGGGACUCGGCUACAACCCCGAGGUGAGUUGUGUAGAUUGUAGACUGCUAAAUCUCACAUGGAUUUUUUUCGUAGCUGUUUUCGGUUGUGAGCUCUUUGCAUGGGCAAAUCUUCACUCGAUACUUCGAUUAAAAUUCUGCGUUUGAAAUAACAAGGUAUCACCUGGUCAGAAACACAACAAAUUUUUAGUACCUUGUACCCUAGCUGUGCAGCGACAUUGAGGAAAACGUUUCAACACUUCAUUAGUAUAAUAAUAUAAUAAUAAAUCUUCCAGUAAAUGCGGAAGAAAUUGUACAGCUACAUGUAGUAAUGCUUAAAAUGAGUUCAUUGCUUUCGUCGAAAUGCUAUUUGUGAUAUAUUAUAAGCGGAAGUAAAUUGAAUUCCCGUUUAAGUGUAUAUUAAGUAGUUAACUUACCAUAUAAUUUUGUAUUACCUGUUCCAGAAGUCAACAAAAAGUUCCAUUGACUUCCCAAUUAUUGGAGGAAACUGAUCAGCGCAGGGUAGAAACAUUUGGUCCUCCUUUGCCAGUUCAGAUCAGUGAGAAACUCACAAACCAAGAAAGUAAGUUUACAAUCAUGUUAUAGGCCUAUGAUCAAACACAUGAUUUAUUAUAAAGAGAACCAUAUAACCCCAUACUAUUCUAAAACAAAGCAGUAGUUUCAAGGAAAUCUAUCAUUUUUGCCAUUGUUUUCUUCAUCCAAGAACUGUAUGCUGAGUGAAGUAUGGGACUGUGCAGAAAUCUUGUGGACUGAUCUACUGAUAGACAGACACCAAUUUCACCUUAAGGACUGAAAGACAAAAGGGAUGUAACCCCUUUGAACUGACUGUCAAUAAUUUUAAGUGAUUGUUAUAGUCAGUUAGGCCAUACUUCAGACUCUUUUUUCAAACACUUAUAUGUAUUGAAAACCCUUUAUAAUCCUAAUUUCAGUUUCCACAUUCUCUCUACUCCUCUUUCCAUGUUUCCUUUGUUACUAACUAAGAGAGUGUAUUUAACAAUCAAAGCCUUUAGGUUGAUGAUCACUUCUUAUGAUUGUAAUGACUGAAUGAUCAUGAUCAGUAGUAUUGUCAGAGAAAUUUGGUGCUGGUCAUUGUUGGGGUUUAAAGGGUUAAAUUUAAGGUACCAUAUUCUUGGAAUUGAUGGAGGGGGACUAUUUGAAGAUAAACAUAACUGAGUGGAAAAUGCUAAUUGCAUUACUUAUAAUUCAGCUGGGUGUUCUUUGCAGGUAACCAGCACACAACUGUCAGGAUUGAUCAGUCAGGCUGGGCAUGGCUUGUCUCUGGCAGAAAGUUAUUUAUUUGGCGUUUUAUUCCAGCAGCUGGAACAAAGGUUUGGAAAAAUUAUAGUUAAAUAAUUCUUUACCCUUUAUAAGAUACAUAGCCUAGUGGUCCAAUACUGUACUGAUGGUUAGGCAUGUUUGAAGCAGUAUUUUUAUGUACCUUGCUCACUUAAAUGCUUUAAUGUGGAGCAGAAUCUUUCAAAAUCCAAAGUAUUCAUGUGGCAGAGUUAAAUAUUUUUAACUGGUUCUAUUACUGAAAAACAACUUUGCUGGUGACAUAUAUCACAUGAGAAAGUCUGGAGCAUUUCUCAUGAAAUAUGUGGUUGAAAUGAAUUUUUAUUCUGCUAAUAAUGCCUGCCAUUGACAAUUUUAUCUGAGAUAUUAUGUUGGAUAUCUUGAUUGAUAGGGAGUAUUUUUCAAGGAAUUGACAUUGCCAGCCUCAGAGUUAUAUCAUGUGGCAGACCUUAUAUGUGUUAUAAGUCCCGCUGGAGAUAGUAAAUUGUCAUCAGUAUCAGUGAUGGCAGUUUCCCCUGAAGGACUCGUGCGAUACUGGCCUAGUCUUACUCAUGACAGUAACACAGUGGAUGUUGACACAGAUUUGAUUGGAUCAAAGUGUCACUCACUCACAGCUUUUCAGGUAAUGGUUAACGCCAAGUCUUUGAUGGCUAUUCUGUGAACAGGAUUCUAUUUUUAAGUAUGUUUAUUGUAUUUUGGUUCAUUUAUUUACUGCUCAGCUUUCUUAAAGUUAUACAGUUCUAGAAAUGCAAAUUCCCUUUGUUUUACCCUUCUAGCCCUAUGGAUGUAUCCUACUGACCACCACAAAUGAGUUAUUACUGCUGACUGGUUUACAGGUAAGACAAAUGUAGUCAUCUUUAUUUUUAAUGUACUGAGGGAGGGGGUAGCCUUUGGUUGGUAAAGAAUUAUGAAUAGCCUCUUCUGGACAGCUGAUCAGUUUAUCUGAACAGCAUUACCCAGACAGGUGAUUAUCAGAUAAAGUACAUUUUCUUCCAUGUAGAUUCUGUUGUGUCUAAAAACAUCUCUAAAUUGUGGGAUGGCUAUUUUGAAAAUAAGUGUUUCUGUAUCACCAGCAUUUUUUACAGGGUGAUUGUGACAAGUUAUGAUCCUUGACCAAUAAAAGUGCAAGCUUCUUUGUUUCACUUGAGAAAAUGAUGAUAUCUGCCAUGAAGAUAUUAAUAAAUCUGUAGGUGUUUAGUCAUAUCAUAAACAAGUUAUUGGAGAAUUAUAUACCAUAGUGAUGAUAUUUUUAAGUACAGUUACUAGAGAGAAGAGAAUUUUAAAAUUCACAUGCUAUUCAUCACUGGUUUGUAAUUCAUACACUAACCAGUAAUAAUUAACUUCAAGGCAAUUUCAUAAUUUUCCUGUAGAAGACUGUCAAGUGUCAGAACCUGAAUGCCUCCAGUGGAGUUUUCACAGACUUGGGCCGUCGUAUGACUUCUUUUAUAUUUGGUUCUCAGCCUGCUAGUCAAAGAAUGACAGUAAGUUUUGGAGAAAACUAGUGAGUAACUAUGUAAUAUCAUUAUUUGAACUUCUUAUAAAGCUGUUACAAGUGAAAUAUUCUGAAAAUUCAACAGGUAAAAGGAUUACUCCAGCAGUUUAAGAAUUUAAUUUACCUGCCGUGCUUAAAAUAACAGAGAACAUUGAAUUUUAUCAGUUUGUUGAAUGAGCCUACAUCUGAUUUUCAUUUUCAUGUUUUGCUUUAUUUAAUAAAGUAAUAAUGCUCUGAGAAAGAUUCAUGACCAGUUUAAAGUUAUUUUGUUCUUUUAAAUCCCACAGAAUUGGCAGAAAGUCCUUGCCAGUAGCAACCAUACAACUGAUAACUCCAGGUAGUUCAUAGAAAAUGACAUAUUUUAAAAAUUUACAGGCUGUAGGGGAAUUUGAUGAAUAAAUAUGUUUCACUGGUUCUUUCCCAGUAUACUGUUAACUAUGAUUUCAUCGAUAAUAAUAUUAAUGUUUUUUUCCAGGGAGCUUUAUGUACUUAGUGAAAACCAGUUGUUUACAUGGAAUAUUGUUCGAGUGAGACAGGGCAGUUUUAGUGAAAAG